CCUGCAUGAUGAACGUGCACAAGCGCUGCGUGAUGAACGUCCCCAGCCUGUGCGGGACGGACCACACCGAGCGGAGGGGACGGAUAUACAUCAGGGCUGACAUCGAGAAGGAUGUGCUCACCGUCGUGGUAAGAGAUGCUAAAAACCUAGUUCCUAUGGAUCCCAAUGGCUUGUCAGAUCCCUACGUGAAGCUUAAACUAAUCCCCGACCCCAAAAACGAAAGCAAACAGAAGACCAAAACUAUCAAGUGCUCCCUGAAUCCUGAGUGGAACGAGACAUUUAAAUUCCAGCUGAAGGAGACGGACAAGGACCGGCGGUUGUCGGUGGAGAUCUGGGACUGGGACCUGACCAGCAGGAACGACUUCAUGGGCUCCUUGUCCUUCGGGAUAUCCGAGCUGCAGAAGAUGGGAGUGGACGGAUGGUUCAAGCUGCUGAGCCAGGAGGAGGGGGAGUACUUCAACGUCCCGGUGCCUCCCGAGGGAGAAGAAGGAAACGAGGAGCUGAGGCAGAAAUUUGAGAGAGCCAAGAUCGGAGCAGGGUCCAAGGCAGCGGACGAGAAGACCACGAACGCCAUCUCCAAAUUCGACAACAACGGGAGCAGGGAUCGGAUGAAACUCUCGGAUUUCAAUUUCCUGAUGGUGCUGGGGAAAGGAAGCUUUGGGAAGGUGAUGCUGGCAGAGCGGAAGGGCACGGACGAGCUGUAUGCCGUGAAGAUCCUGAAGAAGGACGUGGUGAUCCAGGACGACGACGUGGAGUGCACCAUGGUGGAGAAGCGCGUCCUGGCCCUGUCCGGGAAGCCCCCAUUCCUCACCCAGCUCCACUCCUGCUUCCAGACCAUGGUGAGCGCUGGGACCCUGCGGGACCCCGGGCACAGG